AUGAUGCUGCGUCUCAAGGCAAAAGUCUUCUCUUUCAGUGGAGACAGCUACAAGAUUGUCGAUGCAAAUGACUCCGGCAAGGUGAUGUUCCAAUGCCAGGGCAAGUUCCUGAACUUUGACGAGAAGCGUGUGAUUUGCGACGCUGGGGGAACUCCACUCUUCGUUAUCAAGGAGCCCCUCAUGCAGCUCGAUGAUAAGCAGUACGUGUAUGCUGCCGGCCCGGAUGGCAAGCCCACAACGGAGAUCUUCCGUGUCGGCUCGAACUUUGGUAACACGUCCCAGUACACGGAGAACCUGAAGGGUUCCACGGGCAAGCCCAUCAAGCUGACCGGCAAAAUGACGCUCGUGAGCAUGAAGGGUGGAAUUUAUUUCGGAGACGCGAAGACGGGGCAGCCCAUCGCCAAAGUCUGCAGCCCGGUGACGUACAAGGACUUCUUGCCUGAUGACUUCGACCGCAACGAGUACCUGGUGGAAAUCCCACCAGGUGUGGACAGCGCGCUUGUGCUCGCCAUGGUUCUCGCAUAUGAGCAGAUGGAGCAGACGUACGAGCAGGGGAACGACUAUUGA